AUGCCUGAGCUCAUGAGGAAUGGUCUUAUAAUCAGUUCGCAAAACAUCGCGUACGCCAUCAGCAAAUUCAUCGGCGGUGUGCUGUCCGACCGGUUGUCCUCACGACUCCUGUUCAGCAGUGGGCUCGUGGUGUCGGGUGUGGCCACCAUUCUGUUCGCCCAAAGCGACUCCAUAGCCGUCUUCGCCGGCCUGUGGUUUCUCAACGGUUUGGCUCAGGGCUUGGGUUGGCCCGCCUGUGCCAAAGUGUUGCGCCAAUGGUUCGCUCCCUCACAGUUCGGCACAUUCUGGUCACUCCUGUCAGCGUCGGCCAACAUAUCGGGCGGUCUCUCGCCAUUCAUCGCCGCCUUCAUCAUCAUUAACUACGGCUGGCGUACGAGUCUUGUGAUGGCCGGCACUGUGUCCAUAGCGAUGGCCGGUGUGGCCAUCGUUACGGUUGUCAACUGUCCACAAGAUGCCAAUCUAUCGCCAGUUGUUCCCAAGACUAAUGACAAUAAUAAAAAUAAAUCUAAGAGUGAGACCAAAUGGACAGACCUACUGAAGAGUCCGUUCCUAUGGCUGGUGAGCGUGUCGUAUAUGAGUGUCUUCGCCUCGAAGACCAGUGCCGUUGAUUGGGGACAAAUGUAUUUGAUUGAAGACAGACAUCACUCGCAAAUCAUAGGUUCUUCAUUCACGAGUAGCGUAGAGUCGGGCGGAUUCUUCGGCAGCGCACUGGCCGGCUAUCUCACAGAUCUGGUACUGCGGCGACAGUUGGCGGCCAAAACGGGUGCCGGCGAUGGCAAGAAGUCCAUCAAUCGGUUGACGCCAUCCAACGCCCGAAUGCCGGUCGCCAUCGCUAUGAUGACAGUCGUCGGCCUUUGUCUCCAUUGCUUCCGCUAUCACAUCACCGACACGUCGUCUCAGCUGAUGAUCACAACACUGGGCUUCGUGUUGGGCGCCUGUCUGUACGGCCCGAUCGCCAUCUUCGGAGUGGUGGCCUCCGAGUCGGCGCCACCGCAUCUCAGCGGCACCUCUCACGCCAUCGUAGCCCUGGCCGCCAAUUUCGGCGCCAUUAUGUCGGGUCUGCCGUUCAGUCUUGUGGCCAAACACUACAACUGGUCGGCGAUAUUCCUAUUGCUUGAAAUCGUCACCUUUUUCACCGUAAUUCUCAUGAUUGUUGGCCGCAAUAUACCGGCCCGUAUCGGGACUCCACCCAAACUCCACUAGCGUUUCAUUUGGCAAUACAUAUAGAAAUUGUUAAUUCAAUUAAUACUUUGAUUUAAAUGCUCAACAAAUUUAGGAGAAAUUAAAUUGAC